UUUUUCUCAACAAAACAGCAGAGUCUGAUCCAAACACUGUGUGUCGACAUGUCUGCUGCCAGCUGUCUGCUGACUGAGGAUCAGUUUCUGUGCUCCAUCUGUCUGGAUGUGUUCACUGAUCCAGUCACCACACCAUGUGGACACAACUUCUGUAACAAAUGCAUCACUGAACACUGGGAUGUUAAUGUCCCAAACCAGUGUCCAAACUGUAAAGAGGUUUUCUAUAUUAGACCUGAGCUGAGGGUCAAUACUUUCAUCUCUGAGAUGGCUGCUCAGUUCAGACAGUCAGUUCAACAGGAAACCAGCAGCAGCAGCUCAGAGCAACAAGCUGCCAAACCAGGAGAAGUUCCCUGUGACGUCUGCACUGGAACCAAACUGAAGGCCCUGAAGUCCUGCCUGGUUUGUCUGGCCUCCUUCUGUGAGACUCACCUGGAGCCUCAUCUGACCAUGUCAGGCCUGAAAAGACAUCAGCUGAUCGACCCUGUGGAGAACCUGGAAGGCAGAGUGUGUAUGAAUCACGAUAAACUGCUGGAGCUGUUCUGUAAGACCGACCAGAUGUGUGUCUGCAUGCUCUGCACCUAUUCAGACCACAAGGCUCAUGAUGUUGUUCCUCUGAAAGAAGAAUAUGAAGGAAAGAAGGCUGAGCUGAAGGAGACAGAGGCUGAAAUUCAGCAGAUGAUCCAGAAGAGACGACUGAAGCUUCAGGAGAUCAAACGCUCAGUGGAGCUCAGUAAAGAACGAGCAGACAGAGAGACAGCAGAAGGUGUUCAGGUCUUCACUGCUCUGAAGGAGUCUGUUGAGAGAGGCCAGGCUGAAUUCAUCAGGACGAUCAAAGAGAAGCAGAGAAGAACAGAGAAACAGGCUGAAGACUUCAUCAAAGAGCUGGAGCAGGAAAUCUCUGAGCUGAAGAAGAGAAGCAGUGAGGUGGAGCAGCUCUCACUCUCUGAAGAUCACCUCCACCUGAUCCAAAGCUUCUCAUCCCUGAACACUGCUCCACCCACCAAGGACUGGAGGGAGGUCAGUGUUCGUUCUCCAUCACAUGAGGGGACUGUGGUGAGAGCUGUGAUUCAGCUGGAGGAGACACUUAUUAAACAGAUGAAGAAGUUUUUUGAGGCUCAGCUGAAGAGGGUCCAGCAGUAUGCAGUGGAUGUGACACUGGAUCCUGAUAUAGUCCAUCCCAAACCCACCCAGUCUAAUGAUAAGCAGCAGGUAAAUGAGCGUCAUGUCUGUAGAUGUGUCUUAUCAAAGCAGGGUUUCACUUCAGGAAGAUUUUACUUUGAGGUUCAGGUUAGCAGGUGGUCUACAUGGACUUUAGGAGUGACCACAGAGUCUAACGUGAAGAGAGAAAUCACACUGAGCACCAACAAUGGUUUCUGGACUUUAUGUUUGAAGCGGCAAGGAGGCUACCAUGUGUCUACUGACCCAUCAGUUCGUCUCCCUCUGAAGUCUCGGCCUGAGAAGGUGGGGGUGUUUGUGGAUUAUGAAGAGGGUCUCGUCUGCUUUUAUGACGUUGAUACUGCAGCUCUCAUCUACUCUUUUACUAGCUGCUCCUUCACUGACAAACUCCACCCAUUCUUCAGUCCCUGUUAUAAUAAUGGUCAUAAAAUCCACUACAGUGUGUUCAGUGACAUCAACUAUAAAAUCAAACACUUUUUAUAUAAUCGCCCUUAAAUUCAGGGUGUGUGUUGUCUCAAGAUUUUGUGCUGCCUGCCUUUCCUGUGCUGAAGGUUUCUCUCCUGUAUCUUGGUGCACUCUGCAUGGACAUCGUCACCUUUCUGCACUACUUCCUGGCUGAAGAAGUAUCAGGAUUAUUCCACUGAACCGACAGUAAACAUAUCAAAUGUUAAGUAUAGAGAUAAAGUAUCUAUAAAAGAAAUAAGAUGGAGGUGAAGGUUUUGGAUCUUUCAACAACCCCAAAGCUCACAUCCAGCAGCACCAAAGAAUGGUUGAAAAGGUAAAAAUGGAUUGUUGUAAACUGGCCAGCAAUGAGUCCUGACCAAAAUACCAUUGAAAACCUUUUUAGAGAGCUGAAAUCUGCCAUUGUAAAUAGGUCUCCUGCAAAUUUAAAAGAGCUUGAAAAGAGUGGCAGAAACUCCCUGCAGACAGGUAUAAGAGGCUUCUAGAUGGCUACGAGAAAUGUUAAGAGUCUGUCAUUGUUGCCAGAGUUUCUGCAACCAAAUAUUAAUUAAGGGAGACAAUAAUUGUGUCCGGGGUACAUUUUUUGUUCGAAUUAUUUCACUAUUAGGCAAUUUUGGUUCUUUUUUUUCCCUGUUGUUCAGUAGCCUUGGGCAUUUAAAAAAUAUUUUGAUUGUGUAAACAGGUUAAUUAGCAUUUAGUUCAUUUCAUCAUGAAUCCAACAGUGAUUUUCCAAAUGCUUUUUUUCUAAUGUUGUGGUAAUUAUUUUGGAAUAAAUAAAUCCAAGUGGAAGAAUCUUUGAUGGUUUUACAUCAGUUGAUUUUUCUCACGCUGCUCUGUGGUCAUAAUGCUCUGAAGUUAGAUUUUUAAAACAUACAUGUUCAUGCAUCAUUACAUCAUUUAACUUACUUAGAAGGUUCUACUGAUGUAGUUAUAUCACUCUUGGCACAGGUAAUGUCUUCCAGUUGUUCUGUUCUUCUAUUUGUUUUCACUGAGUCCUCUACAAUGUAACUGCAGCCUCGUCAUGUCAAAUUAUAUGCGGUGUAAGGUGAUUUAAUGUAAUGUAAAGCUUGAUUUUUGUUUAGUUCUGCCUCAGCAGUUGAUAUGAAAACUAAACCAGUGUUGGUAGAGAAUAAGGACGCCCUCCAGUGGAGUUUAUCAUAAACUGCAGCUACAGGUCACAAGGACAUGCUGAGUAAAAGGAAAAAAGUUGCAGAGUCAUAACUGCAUAUCAGACAGUUGAUAAACUGAGUUUUAAUGCAGUGAUUUUGAUGUUUGCUGCUUUUUUCUGUUUCAACUUUGUAAAUGUAACAAAUAUAGUGAAUGUAAAAGUCACCAAUAAAUAAAACAUGAUUC